CACUAUAAAUUUUUUCAUAUAUCGAACUAUAUUCGUUCCAAACAUUUUUGAGUAGUGUCUCUGAAAAAAUAAGAAAAUGACAUCUCAAAACGCUCCGUUUUUAUAUUCACAAAUCGAUCCACUGCUACUUAGCAGAACAAACAGACCGCAACCAAGAGAUCGUUGGAAGACCAUUAUUAAGAUUACUACGACAUUCAUUGGAGUUCUGAUGGUAACAACGCCUAUUGUUUUUGGAUUGUCCGGAGUUGCAGGCAAUACAUCCCAUUUCAAAAAUAUAUCGUCAACUACUGGAAAAUAUCCCGAAAAGAAUUCUACAGAUUUUGACACUAGUACUACGACAGUAUCUGAAGCGAAUACAACUUUUGAUACAACUGAGUCACUAUAUCUAGCUGAAGAGAUUACAACACAAGAGAAACUUAUCCAAUUAAAUCCGAAUUCCGGACACAACUACGUAAAAUUUACGUAUGACAUUCUCAACAACACUUAUUCACAUGAUAAUAUAGAUGGAUCACCAGUUGCGCCAUAUUUUGUUGAUAAAAUCGAACGAGUAGUUGACAGAAAAAAUAAUGAAGCUUACUUGCAUCAGGAGUUUCCUGACGAUUUUUCAAAUAUGUAUUGGGCGUUCAGUUUGAAGAACGAUGGAAAAUCAGUUGAAAAAGUAGUGAUCUCAAUUCCUGGAAUAGAGGAAAUUGUCAAUAAUAGAGCAGGAGUUGUUGAAACUUGUCCAAAUUUUCUCAUAAAUUGCUUUAAUAUUCCAGUAGAGAAAAGCUUAACAAUUGAGCAGCAAAUGGAUAAGUUAUACAUAAGCAUAAUGCUUCAGAAGGAUAUUAAAGUUUUAAAAACAAAACUGAAAGGUGUGAGCAAUGUGGAGAGUUUUAAAAUUGAAGUUUACUGGAAAAAUAUGACUAUGGAUUCUCCAACAACAACGACACCUGGAAGUAUUGCCACAACAAAAUCUUCAACUACUACAAUCACAGAGACACAUCAUCAACCUGACAUCUCAUCAACACGGUUGACUGAACAUCAAGAUAUUAUCCAAUUGACACCAAAAUCAGGACAAGACUACGCAAAGUUCACGUACGAUGUUAUAAGCAACACGUAUUCACAAAGUAAUGAAGAUGGAUCUCCAGUUAAACCAUAUCUUGCUUCUAACGUGGAGCAUGUAGUAGAUAGAAGAUUGAAUGUAGCGUAUAUACAUAUGAAAGAGCCCAUCAAUAAGCGUAUUGGACUUAUCAACUGGGAGUUUGACUUCAGGUUUCCUGGAAGAUCAGUAGAAAAGCUGGAAAUUAAACUGACAGGAAUGGAUGAGAUUGUCCAUAAUGGUGGAACAGCCAAUGCUUGCCUACACGAUUCAUUUAAGUGCACGGCUAUUCCGAUAAACGGAAGCCUGACCAUUGAGAAACCCCAAUUUAAUAAGUUUUUCAUGCAAAUUGAAUUGUUCAAAGAUAUAAAAGUUUUCAAAACUGAACUGAACGAUAGAAGCAGUGCCGAAAGUAUUUCAAUUGUUGUCUACUGGAGUUAA